AUCGAAACGACGACGAUUUCAGAUAUACAAAAACAGAAAAGAAAACCUCUAAAACCCUAACUCUACAUAUCAUCUUUAGCCACCGUCGUGAAACACUCAAUUCUCACAGGACUUCACUGCGACUGCUGUUCGGAGAAAGUGGUUCGUUCUUUAAUUUAAAUAAUCUGGGAAAAAGGAGGUGGGGUUUUUAAUUCAAUGGCAAUAGUAGAGGAGAAAAACAUGACGAAUAGCGUAUCAGUGGAUGAAAAGAAAAGAAAGCGAAAGCGAAACAGAGUAAAGAAAGUUACAGCAAAGGAAGAAGAAGAAGAAGAAGAAGAAGAAUCACACCUACACAACGUUACUUCUGCUUCUCAAAUUGAAGCAGCAGAAGAAGACGAGAGAGAAAUUGAGGAAGAAAGUAAAGAUAAGAAGAAGAAAAAGAAGAAAAAGAAUAGUGAUUAUAAUAAUAAUGAGGAAAAUGAAGUUUCAAAGAAUGAAGGACAGGAUGGUGAUAAGGUGAGGAAGAGAGGGAGUGGGAUUAUGAGUACAGAUUCUUUUGAAUCUUUAGGAUUGUCUGAACCUACUCUUAAAGCUAUUCAAGAAAUGGGAUUUCAGUAUUUAACUCAGAUUCAAGCGAGGGCUAUUCCACCUCUUCUAGUAGGCAAAGAUGUUCUUGGUGCUGCAAGGACAGGUUCUGGGAAGACUCUUGCUUUCUUAAUACCAGCUGUUGAAUUGUUAUAUAAUGUCCAUUUCGCUCCUCGCAAUGGCACCGGUGUUGUUGUCAUUUGCCCCACUAGGGAACUUGCCAUUCAGACUCAUGCUGUGGCAAAGGACCUUCUCAAAUAUCACUCACAGACUCUUGGCUUGGUCAUUGGGGGUUCUGCUAGAAAAGGAGAAGCAGAACGCAUUGUUAAAGGAGUCAAUUUAUUGGUUGCAACUCCUGGUCGACUUCUUGAUCAUCUUCAAAAUACCAAGGGAUUUAUAUAUAAGAACUUGAAGUGCCUCAUGAUUGAUGAAGCGGAUAGGAUACUGGAGGCAAACUUUGAAGAAGAAAUGAAACAAAUUAUCAAGAUUCUGCCAAAGAGUAGGCAAACUGCUUUAUUUUCAGCAACUCAAACUAAGAAGGUGGAGGAUCUUGCCCGUCUGUCUUUUCAAACUACUCCUGUCUAUAUUGAUGUGGAUGAUGGAAGAACUAAGGUCACAAAUGAGGGUCUGCAGCAAGGCUAUUGUGUAGUUCAUAGUGCCAAGAGAUUUAUUCUUCUCUACUCCUUUUUGAAGAGGAAUUUAUCAAAGAAAGUGAUGGUCUUCUUCUCCUCAUGUAAUUCGGUCAAGUUCCAUUCUGAACUUCUUAGAUACAUUCAGGUGGAAUGUUUUGAUAUCCAUGGAAAACAGAAGCAGCAGAAACGGACUACUACCUUUUUUGAUUUUUGCAAAGCAGAGAAGGGAAUAUUGCUAUGCACUGAUGUUGCUGCUCGUGGUCUUGAUAUUCCUGCUGUGGACUGGAUAGUGCAGUACGAUCCUCCUGAUGAACCGAAGGAAUACAUUCAUCGGGUUGGCCGUACAGCCCGUGGAGAAGGUGGAAAAGGCAAUGCCCUGCUUUUCUUGAUUCCAGAAGAACUGCAAUUUCUGCGAUAUCUAAAGGCUGCAAAAGUCCCUGUUAAAGAGUAUGAAUUUGAUGUUAAGAAGUUGGCAAAUGUUCAGUCUCAUCUGGAGAAGUUGGUGGCUAACAACUAUUAUCUGAACAAGUCUGCUAAAGAUGCUUAUAGAUCUUAUAUAUUGGCCUAUAAUUCACAUUCUAUGAAAGACAUAUUUAAUGUCCACCGCCUCGAUCUGCAGGCGGUUGCUGCUUCAUUUUGCUUUUCUUGUCCACCGAAGGUGAAUCUGAACAUAGACAGCAAUGCUUCCAAAUUUAGAAAGAAGGCUCAUAAAGGAAGUCGCAAUGGUUUCAGUGAGAGCAACCCUUAUGGAAGGCAGAGGGACGAAGAUAAUACACGACAAUUUGUAAGGCAUUAGGUGGAUUGAUGUUUGCAAGUAACACAUGAAUCCACACUAAUUUUAUAUAAAUUGUAGUACUAUUAGUGAUAUGAGUGUUUUCUGGAGUGAUUUUGUGGUUCUCCAGAAUAAAAUUUUGUUUAUUUGUUUGUGGACUGCUGGACUCCAAGGCUUAAUGUUGAAUUCACAGUAUUAUUCGUAGCUCAAUUCAAAAAUUGCAAAUUUUGGUGUA